AAGAAGUUAGUGUGAAGAAGCCACUCAUGGGAGACCAACACAAGAGCGGUUCUUUCUUUCUGCUUUUUGUUUGUGUUUUGGGUUUUGGUUGUGUGUUGUCGUCUUCACCGGCGGUGGCUGAUGAUCAGCUUAAAGCGCAGGAGAGGGAUAGGAUCGUCAAGCUCCCGGGGCAGCCACCAAACGUCAACUUUUCUCAAUAUUCUGGCUACAUUCCUGUGGACCCACAUGCAGGCCGGGCUCUCUUUUACUGGUUGAUAGAGGCCCCCCUUCACAGAGGGCCGGAAUCAAGGCCGCUCGUUUUGUGGCUCAAUGGUGGGCCAGGCUGCUCCUCCGUGGCCUAUGGAGCCUCCGAGGAGGUGGGGCCCUUCCGGGUUAGACCGGACGGCAAGACUCUUUCUUUGAGCCCGUAUGCUUGGAAUGCAGAGGCCAAUUUGCUUUUCCUUGAUUCCCCAGCAGGUGUAGGAUUUUCCUACACAAAUACUUCUGAAGAUAUAUACACUGUUGGUGACCAAAGAACAGGAAAAGAUGCCUAUACAUUUCUGGUCAAAUGGUUUGAGAGGUUCUCUCAGUACAAGCAUAGGCCAUUCUACAUUGCUGGAGAAAGCUACGCAGGUCAUUACAUUCCUGAGCUUUCUCAAAUUAUAGUCCGGGGCAAUAAGGGAAUCAAGAAUCCUGUCAUUAAUUUCAAAGGCUUCUUGUUGGGGAAUCCACUUAUUGAUGAUUAUCAUGACAACAUCGGAACACACGAGUAUUGGUGGAACCAUGGAUUGAUAUCCGAUUCCACGUACGAAGCACUGCGAAAGUCGUGCAAAGACGACACGUUUUUAUUCCCUCGUGAUGGAUGCACCGCUGCUCUUUCUCAAGCUUUCUCCGAGUUUGGAGACAUCAAUCCCUAUUCCAUUUACACCAAGCCCUGCUAUGACGAUGGUGCUCUUAGUCGUGGUCGUGGUCCAACAAAGAACUUAAAGCUUCCACUGCCAUGGACAUUUGGAGGGAGAGAUGAUUGUGAGGUGAUGCACACUGAAAAAUACAUGAAUAUCACAAGUGUGCGAGUGGCUUUUCAUGUCAACCUUUCUCGGGCUCCUCAUCCUUGGGUAACUUGCAGUAAUGCUGUGAGGAAUAAUUGGACAGAUUCUCCAAAAUCCAUGCUUCCUAUCUUUAAAGAACUUAUUGCAGCAGGUAUCAGAAUAUGGGUCUUCAGUGGUGACACUGAUGCAAUGUUGCCACUAACUGCAACUCGAUAUUCCAUUAAAGCUCUACGGCUCAAGACCAUUACCAACUGGUAUGCUUGGUAUGACAGCCAUCAACAGGUUGGAGGGUGGAGCCAAGUAUACAAGGGUCUAACCUAUGCGACUGUGAGAGGAGCAGGGCAUGAAGUUCCAAUGAGUCAGCCCCGGCUCGCACUAAUAUUGUUCAGUCAUUUUCUAAAAAAUACGCCCCUUCCGUCCAUAUAAAGAUUUUCAGUAAUUUUGUUAUUUGGAUUGCCAAUAAAUUCGUAGAGAUCCAAAUCCCUCC